AUGUUGUACGACGGAGUCAUGUGCUUCAGGAUCGCGUGGACGGGCAUCUCGAGCCUGGGCGUGGAUACAAUGCUAUGGUCUUCGCCACUGUUCAAGGUCUCUGUGGACAGAUUGUGGAGUAGACCUGGUUGGGAAGCCACAGGAGACUACGGCCAAGACGACUAUGGCGGCGACGUGUGCAAUCUUGAAACGUCCCGGGACACGGAGCACGUGGCACUGGAACGUGAUCCCGAUUAUAACAGCAGCGAGGCCUAG